UCUAAAUCAGAAAAACUAGCUCGUAUCAUAACCAAUUUCAAUCUCUCAGUAAAUGAACUUUUCCACCUCAGAGAAUAUCAGUCGAUAGUCUCGUGGAAUCCCUCCGAUUUUUCCACUGCUAUACCCGGCCAUCAAAUUCCGGAGUUGUUUGAGAUAUUCACACAAGACGCAGCCAACCAGAUUGAGUGGGACGCUAAUGUUGAAGAUUUGAGCUCCAUACCUUUACGACUUCAAAAGAAAGUACUAGCCGAACGAGAAAAGAAGUUGUUACUUAAGUAUCCGUUCAAGAACGAUGUCAUAGAUAUGAGCAAACAGCUAGAACGAGAAAUCAUAAGUCGUGCAUUGGAAGAGCCAGAAGGAGAAACUCAUACUACGACUAAGAGUAAUGGCUCAGUACCCAAGCCUCAAAAACAAGCCAAUGGCCAUUCGAAAACGUUGAAGAGCAAGAAAAAGGUUAAACAGAAAAGAAUUGACGAACAGGAAGUAGAUGUAGAAAUUGAAGACGAAGAAGAGGAUCCCGAUGACGAAAUAAAUACAAAUUACAGGUUAAAAGCUGUCAAAUACACCAUAGCUCCACCGUUAGUAACGCAUCCGUCACAUAUUCCAGCGUGGAGACCCGAGAUUAGUAAUGCUGAUGGAAUCCAGGAUGGCUCUGAAGAACACCAGAUCCUCGAAUUCAACCCUGAGCCCAUCACCGUGGUAAAGAACCGUGAUGGAAACAUAGUAGCACCAAAUAUAACUUCGAAAUUGCACAACUACUUGGAGUCCAACUACAAGGUAGCCAUAGUGGAUGACAGUAAUGUCGACUACAACAACACAGCGGAAGAGUUUGAGGUUGUGACUGCACAACAGGAAAACAUGUUGAAAGAGAUAUACCACAAGUGUACAAUAGACAACAGUUUGGAGUUGAAUGGUGAUAAAAUAGAACGUAGAAAGAUCGUUUUACCUCAGGCUUCGAACUUAAGACAGACAUCAGAUCCCUUCCGUAACACUGCAACUGUAACACCUAAAGUGCAAGGUUCAACAAACAAUCUCACUCAUCACGAUUACUUGCUAAAUCAGGGUAUAUCCUUCGCCAAAUUGCACCAGCAAAUGCGUAAACAGCAUCUGCUGCGUACGAAGAGGAUUGCCCAGAUGGUGGAUCAAUACUUCAAAAGAAAGAAUGGUGAAAAGGACAGACUUGCGCGAGAACGAGAGCUCAACCUAAAGAAAUUGAGUAGAUUAGCUGCUCAGGCUGUUAAGAAGCGUUGGACUCAAGCAAACAAGGUGUACUCCAUUAUUCAGCAGCAAAAAGAAGACGAGUUAAAACAAAUACAAGGUAGAGAGCACUUAAGUCAGAUGCUAGAACAUUCUACUCAAUUAUUGGAAGCCCAGUUCAAUAAAUCGUCUAGAGAAGCAACCACAGAACCUGAAUUCGAUAGCGAUUCUGAAUCAGUGCUAUCGAAUUCUGAUGAAAACUUUAGUACUUCAGAUGAGUCUGAACAAGAAAACUCAGACACUGAAAGAGUGACACGCGCAAAGGACGGUGACAUGUCUUUGUCUGUAGAAGAAUUGAAGCAGAAGUAUUCCACCCUUCAGGAGUCUGUAGAGCCUACAUCAUCUGCUCCUUCUGAUAGAGAUAAUGAUAGUGAUGAUGACAGUGAAGAAGAGGAAGAUGGCAUAGUCGUCAGCCAGGGUCUUUCUGCUUUGUACGGUGGGAGUGAAUUGUCAGCCAGUGCAACUCCACAGCUUGCAGAUGUAGAGUAUACCGAAGAACAGAAGAAACUAAUCGAGGAACUCAAUACUGAAGCGAGAGAAGAUCCGGCAUUGAAUUCUGAUUCUGAAAGCUCAGGAUUUUCGUCUGAAGAUGAGAAUGAAUCCGGCUCUGAUGAAAGCGAGACUGUCGAAGAGGACGACGAAGAAGAAGAAAAAGACGUUCCUGACAAAAAGGAAAAUGGUUAUGUUUCAAACUUGGGCAGCCUCUUCAAUGGUCGCAACGAUGCCUCGGAAGAAGAAGAGGAAGGAUCUUAUAGUGAAAGCGAUGGUAAGACUAGCGAAGAUGAAAUGAUGAGCACCACUGAUGAAGAAAGCGAUGUCGUUGAAAACGGUGAUAUACCAAUGGAAGACGAAGUUAAACAAGAAACAGAAGAAGGAGCCCUACAAGAGAUUAAUGGCGCAAAAGUUAAAGAUGUUCCACUUCCUUCCUUGCUAAGAGGUACCUUGAGACCAUAUCAAAAACAGGGUCUCAAUUGGCUUGCAAGCUUAUACAAUAACGAUACUAAUGGUAUUUUGGCCGACGAGAUGGGUUUAGGUAAAACGAUUCAGACAAUAUCUCUUUUGUCUUACUUGGCUUGUGAGCACCACAUAUGGGGACCGCAUUUGAUUGUUGUACCUACUUCUGUAAUGUUAAACUGGGAAAUGGAAUUCAAAAAAUUCGCACCCGGUUUUAAGGUCAUGACAUACUACGGGUCCCCACAACAAAGAGCUCAGAAAAGAAAAGGUUGGAAUAACCCGGAUACAUUUCAUGUUUGCAUUACUUCAUACCAAUUAGUCGUUCAGGAUCAGCAGUCCUUCAAAAGAAGAAAGUGGAGAUAUAUGAUUCUCGAUGAAGCUCACAAUAUCAAGAAUUUCAGGUCUACCAGAUGGAGAGCUCUUCUCAAUUUCAAUACGGAAAACAGAUUGCUAUUGACAGGAACCCCCUUGCAGAAUAACUUAAUGGAAUUAUGGUCGUUGUUAUAUUUUUUGAUGCCUUCUUCUAAAGUGAAUCAAGCAAUGCCAGAAGGGUUUGCAAAUUUGGACGACUUCCAAACAUGGUUUGGUAGACCAGUUGAUAAAAUCUUAGAGCAGACCUCUGCUACUAGCACGAGCGAUAUUGUCGACGAGAAUGAGAAAACCACCCAUAGACUAGAUGAUGAAACCAGAAAUACAGUGGCACGUUUACAUCAAGUCUUGAGACCCUAUUUGUUACGUCGGUUGAAGAAGGACGUCGAAAAGCAAAUGCCAGGAAAAUAUGAGCAUAUAGUGUACUGCCGUCUCUCAAAGAGGCAAAGAUUUUUGUAUGAUGAUUUCAUGUCGCGUGCCAAAACGAAGGAAACAUUGGCAUCGGGUAAUUUCUUGUCUAUUAUUAACUGUUUGAUGCAGUUAAGAAAGGUGUGUAAUCAUCCUGAUCUUUUCGAAGUUAGACCUAUUGUUACCUCUUUAUCGAUGCCCCGGUCUGUGUGCAACAGUUUCUCGUCGUCUGCGGCUUUGAUUCGCAAAGAGUUGACAGAUGAGAAUUUGAUGAAGGGUAUCAAUUUCAAUGUACUUAACUUGGAUAUCACGAACUCGGACAACUUGAACUAUUUCGUGUCUCAGUCAGCCAGCAAGCUAAAGUCAUCGAAGGAAUUGGAUGCCCAGAUUCAAAAGCUAUCGAAUCUUGUUCCAUCAGAAUUGGGUGAUGUGCCUGAUGUGUCCGAUUAUUUGAAGUACUACCAGUACAUCAAGACAUGUGAACAGAUAGAGGUCCGUGACAAACUCAAGCAUAUACUCUAUUUAAACUCAUUGAGAUGCAGUCGUUCUCCAAUUUAUGGAGAGUCGUUGCUCCGAUUCUUGACUAAGGAGAAGAAGAAAGAGGACAGUGAUCUUUACGAUAAUCUUUUCCUUUCGGUUAAUGACCGAGUCAGAGUUUUGGGAGAUGUUAUUGAAAAGUUCUCUGUUAUCACCCCAGCGGUCGUUGCAUUAGAUAUGAAGGAUCAAAUUAUCCCUCUUUCUACCCAGAGAAGAAUCAUGGAUGAAGUUGCUAAUAACCAAAUCGAAAACCCAUUUCAUAAAUCACAAACCAAACUCAGCAUUGCAUUUCCAGACAAAUCAUUGCUACAGUAUGACUGUGGUAAACUUCAGAAACUAGCUAAACUCUUGCAAAAUCUUACCGCUGGAGGUCAUCGAGCUCUUAUAUUUACACAGAUGACAAAGGUUUUGGAUAUACUUGAACAAUUUUUGAAUAUCCAUGGCUACAGAUACCUGAGAUUAGACGGUGCCACCAAGAUUGAGGACAGACAGCUCUUGACUGAGAAGUUCAAUAGAGACCCCAAGAUUUCGGUGUUUAUUUUGUCCACAAGAUCUGGUGGGUUAGGUAUCAACUUGACUGGUGCCGAUACGGUUAUAUUCUACGAUUCCGAUUGGAAUCCUGCGAUGGAUAAACAAUGUCAAGAUCGUUGCCAUAGAAUUGGACAGAGUAGAGAUGUUCACAUUUACAGAUUUGUUUCUGAGUACACCAUCGAGUCGAACAUUUUGAAGAAAGCAAACCAGAAGAGACAAUUGGACAACGUUGUUAUACAGGAAGGUGAGUUCACCACAGACUAUUUUGGUAAGUUCUCCGUCAGAGAUCUUGUUAAUGAUACUACUAUUGCUGAUCAAAUUCCUGAUAGAGAACUUGACUUCACUGGAGAUGCCAAGAUGGAGAAGGCAUUUGCCCAAGUUGAAGAUGAAGACGAUAGAACUGCUGCCAAUGAAGCAAUGAAAGAAGUUGCUGUUGACGAUGAAGAUUUCGACGAAGAAAGCAAAUCGGCAACCACUGGAGGCACUCCAGCCCAGACCCCUGUUGGUGUACCCGCUGUUAAACAGGAUGAACCUGUUGAUGUCGACUAUGAGGAAGGAAUCGGCCACAUCGAUGAAUACAUGUUAAGAUUCAUUGCCGACGGCUACUACAACGACUGA